CACUGUUUGUGGAACCCAUCUUCAAGAUGCAUCUUCGGCGGUCUAUGGUUUUCAGUCAUCAUUAGACUAGCUACAAUGAAGGGUGUUAGUUUUUUGUUUUCCUUAGGGUUAUGCCUGAGUUGGGCACAAGCUCAGUUCUACAAUCAUCGUCCUUUUCCCACUUACAGCCUGGAAAACAUGCCAGAAACAGGCUUUUCCUGCAGGGAUAAGAUUUUAGGGGGAUAUUAUGCAGACGCAGAUACGCAGUGCCAAAUGUUCCACGUUUGUGUUAAAGUUGCUGGUGUUGGGGUUCAAGAUUUCCGAUUCCUCUGUCCCAAUGGCACUGCAUUUGAUCAAGACCAUCAAAUCUGUGCAGACUGGGAAGACAUCGACUGUGACUCGGCGACCUUGUAUUACUCAAGCGACAAUUUUGACUUAUACCGUUUAGGAUCGGGUUUCGAAUCCAAAGCCCACAAAUACGGAGAAGAUGAAGAAACGUUCUCUCUACAACGUGCCGAAACCGGAGAUGCAAGGAUAAAUCGCGAACAACAAAGCAACGUCAUUAACCAAAGGAAAGAGCCCCGAAACUACAACCCCAAACCCAAACAGCAUAAUCAAAACUACAACAACGAGAAAGAUAUUUUCAAAGGGUCCAGCAGCUCUAACUUCUACAACAACCGUAACAAUGGCAAGGAAAAGGACGAAGACUAUGACGAUAACAUAAACUUAAAUCAGGAUAGAGAUUAUGAACAAAAACGGAAAGUAGUGAGAAAUAAAAAUCGCCGGCCAGUACAAAAUAAUGAUAACAACAGAAACCAGAAUGGGGAUUACAACAAAAACACACAAAAUAAUGACUACAACAGAAACAGAAACCAAAACGGCGGCUAUGAUAGAAAUACUCAAACAAAUGACUACAAUAGAAACAACCAAAACAGUGAAGGGAAUAACCAAAAAGAAAAUGACUUCCCUGAAGCUCAAACUAGACGUUCGAGUCCUGGAAGAAACACUGGCUUUUCCAAUAACUUCGCUGGCAGCAGCUACGUUCCCACUACAACUAGAUCCACUUCAACAACCCUCAAUGCUGAACAGUACUCCACCGCAAUCACCAACUAUAGAAGCAGGAACGGUCAAAGGCAACGUCAGUACACUGACACCGAAAGUUCUUCCUACACGGCAAGUAGCCCUGCUCCGUUCCGACAGACUCAGCAAUACAAUUCUCCGCCAAACAGACAGAAUAAUAAUGGGCAGUACCAUAGCACCACACAAGUACCCCAAAAAGAGACUGAAAACUACCCGCAGAAACCUAAGCAAACGACGGCUUUCGAUAACUACGACGUUCCAAAAGUGAGAAAAGUUGUAACCCCUGCUGCCCAGAACUACAAUGCGCAGUACGACACGCCAAAAGCAAAACAAUUCAGUAGCACAUCUGCGCAGUCUUAUAACACGCAAUAUGAAGCGACGAAAAGUAAGUUUGCUAGUACCACUGCUCAGUACGAGGCGACAAAGAUAAAACCAUCAAGUACUACCGCACAGAAAACUGAGAAUUAUCCUUCCAACAAUCCUAAAUAUAACGCCUUCGAUAAAAAGCAAACAACGCCAGUAAAAUCAGAAAAUUUACAAACCACUCUUAGUCCAAAACCGUUCACUCUCAACAAUUUUCCUACUACUUUUGCACCAAGGACCAACGCUGGGUAUACUCAGAUAGCUCAGCAGACUAUCAAUUAUAACCGUAAAUCGAGUGAUCAAACUACCCAAUAUGGCCAAUCUACAGGUUUCGGUCAAUUAGCGAGAAAUAGUACUCCUAGAAGUUCGCCUUUUACGCAAUAUACCCCAACAGUUCCUAAGUUGAGUUCCACAACGCCAGUAAGCAGAUCAAGUCGUUUCGAUGAAACUCAAUACGACGACGGUUCAUACAGCACAAAAUAUGACUAUGACGGCGACAAAAAAGAUGACGAAUUUUUGAAAACGGCUCACAGUCAAAAUAUCGCAGCAAGCAGAAAUGAAUUAGCCAAAAGCACCAAACAGCAGCCUUCCACUCAGACUCAAAGGAGUUACGAUUCUCCCAGACCUUUCUCGGUGACUUCGAAAGUCACAGAACUACCCAAGACCAGCCCGAAACCAGUUGAGUCGAAGAAACCAACGCUGAACCCUAAGAAAACGAAGGAUGUUAGUUAUGAUUAUGCGUAUUAUGAUUCCAACGUAGGUAGUGAACCUGAUUACGCUGUCAAUGAAGAUAUUCAGAAAUCUACUGGUAACAAUUAAUCGUUACUAGAGGGCGUCUUUCAUAGGUACCGCCAAUUUCAAUUGUGAAGUCUGAAAAAUUUGAAGUUCAUUUUAUAGAUCAGCUAUAAAAAGAAAUCAAUAUUGCACAUCCCAAAGUUUCAACAGAGUAUUAACAGAAAGAUGGCAUUGAAAAUCGAAAAGAAGCUUUCUCAAGCAUCGAUAUUUUUUAUUUUGAGAUAUUAAUACAAAUAAUUCUCUUUGUUAUAUAUCCGAAGAGUCGGUUUUCCAUCAUUAUCUAGUAAAUGAUGUAAUUUAUAAACGCUGGUCUAUAUCAUAAUGUACUCAAAUAUUUUCUGCUGGAAAAUACAAUCAGAUGAACAAAAUAUCCUUACCUGGUUCAAAUUUUUUUGGUGGAAGAACCCAAAAUCUGAUUUUAUUGUUAAGCAUGCUUUUAGCAUUCUUGGCAGGAACCAGAAUAUUUGAAAUUGAACAGGAACUUUGAAGAAAUUCUAAUUUAAGUUUGUAAAUAUUAUGUAUUAUUAAGUAAGAAUAAAACUAUUGUUAUUA